AUGGGAAAAGAUUUUCUGUUUGUGAUGUUUUUCUCUCUACCAGGUAACCUGUCUGAUGACUCAGUGACUAAGCUGCCGUAUUACUCAGGGGACAACGAGGAGAAUGGAGGCCCUGAAGCUGCUCCAGAGCCUCCAGGACAGCAUGUCAAUGCCACAGGAAAUGGUUAUGAUGAUGUUGAAGAGUUGCCUGUUCCUGAAAUUCCUUCUUUCCCUGGGAUGAAUGAGAAUUAUUUUUUCCCAGAGGAGGGAAGUAGUGCCAGGUAUUCCCAAAAAGGCAUCUCUCUGCUGUCUCUUAGACAAGCUAUCAAGUCUAGCAUGGAAGAGAAAGGACCUUCAUUGGUCCUGAGACAAGAAGACCCUGGGUAUGAUGAUGUUGAGCUUAGCACCAUGUAGCACCAUUUUUGGUGCCAGUAACUCGCUGAAGAAUCUCUGUAACAUUGUUUCCCAAACAAAUGAGAAUCCUGUCUUCUUCAUUACUGCAAAGCUUUUACACAUACCUAUAAUGAAAGGAAAUUAUUCAUAAUAAAUACU